AUGGCGCACAACCGCGAGUCGGUGGUCUUCAACCCGUCUUCCCCGCGGUCUUCUGUUGGAGGAGCCGAGUCCUUCAAGGGAACUCCAGACACGAGACUCACGGCUUUCUCUCCAGAAGAGGGCUCAGCGAGAUCGUCUCGUCUCCUCAAGUCCCUCGGACAAGAUUCCCCAGACACCACGCCGUCUAGGUUUCAUUCCAUCGCCUUUGGUGGGGCAAUUUCCAAUGCUGACAAGGACCCGUUCGUUACUACCACGUCGAAUGUUGCUCUUCAGAAGCUUUCGCCGACAGCCUCAGCUUUUCAACCUUUUGUCGGCCCCGUUGCGACUCCUGAUCAUGUCAGGCGCAGGAACCGCAAUCUGUUCUCGCCCAGCCAAAAGGAAGAGGGCGAACUGUCACAGUACCUCAGUAUUUGGUCGUCUAGUCGGACUGUGAACGGAGCUGAUCUUAUGUCGUGUUUCACGCACGCCGGACAGACCCCUAUGAAGUGUGGCUCGUGGGUGUCGAUCCUGGCCAUUGCCACACCUUUGGGAGUCCUUGACAUAUCCCGCCUUGAAGCAGUUUUCAAGCGUCAUCUACAAGCAAAGGGCCAUCUCUUGGCCUAUCACACGCAACAAGUACACGACGAGGACACUUACAAGGCUUUCGCAGAGUUCAGCGAUGCGUCAGAAGCCUUGUCUGCGGUCGUCUCGCUCGACAACAGAAUCAUCGAGACAACACACGAGGAGCCUGGUGGCUCCGUCGAAGCUCCUGGCCCCCUCCUUCCUAGCCAGGACCUGACAAACGCCUUCCAGGCUUUGGCUAUGUCUAAGAACCCGACGCAGACAGGCAUGUCGCCACAUGGGACAAGUAUGAUGGGACCAGGCUCCACGUGCCCUCCUUUCGGAAUCCAGGUUCCCCCAUUUGCGAUGUGGCCGAUUCUGUGCCAGCCGCAGUUCCAACCGGGAAUGGGAUAUCUCCUCGAUGGUGGUUCUCGAUUGUCAUUGCCGCCAGCUACGUCGAGUCCUGCUGGAUACCAGUUUGUUAGUCCGCUCUUCUCGCCUCAAGCACGAGGUCUGUCUACGGCUGGAUCGAUGUCAUGCAGCCCAAAACCCGAGCCUCGAAGACAGAACGCCUCCCGUGUUAACAGGUCCCCGUACUACAACGUUACAAGCCAUCACAACCAUGUCGACGUCAAUCGCAUCCGCGAAGGAACGGACGUCCGCACAACUAUCAUGCUUCGUAAUAUUCCCAACAAGGUUGAUCAAGCCAUGCUCAAGCGGAUCGUAGACGAGUCCAGCUGGGGAAAGUACGAUUUCAUGUAUCUGAGGAUCGACUUUGCGAAUGACUGCAACGUCGGAUAUGCGUUCAUCAACUUCGUAGACUUUGUCAACACAAGGGGCAACCAGAGAUGGAACUGCUUCAAAAGCGACAAGGUCGCCGAGAUCUCCUACGCCAGUGAGUCAUUCAGACUCUGGGUUGCAAUGUCGAAGCCAGUCGCUAAUCAGACACGUGAAGCCAUCCAAGGCAAGGAUUGCUUGGUUCAAAAAUUCAGAAACAGCUCUGUCAUGCUUGAAGCAGCGCACUAUCGUCCCAAGGUACGGCUCUGCAUUCUGCUGAGAUGGAAAGUUCUGCUCAUUAUCACGCAGCUGUUUUACACAUCCAACGGUCCCAUCCCGGAGCUUGCUGGAGAGGAAGAACCCUUUCCCCAGCCAGACAAUCAGUCCAAGAUGAAGCGAAGUUGCGAGAAUGCAGAGCACGUCGGUCUUUUCACGCCCAACGCUGGCCAGCAUUUCCGUGACGAGCAACGCCGUAGACGCUCGCAGUACGACCGAGGAACAAGGCUGGCCGCCCUCGAGGAACACGACUUCGAGACCAAUAUGCAGUCAUACAUGUAUCACCAACAGUGA